GGCGCCCCGGUCCCUUGGUGCUGGACCUGUGGGACAAGCCCUGACCCCCACCCAGAGACUUCUUGAAGGGGUCUGGGUUGAGGAAGGCGUGCAGGGGAACCACAUCUGAAACCUGAACUUGGAUGUGAGGCUGUUCCCAAUGACUCCCUCAGGAAUGGUCGGCGUGACCUUGGGCAAGUCACUGGACAGCUUCUGGCCCCAUGUUCUUGCCUUGGUGGCCCCUUCACGGGUGGCUAGGGAUCAUCCCUGCGGGCUAGGAGCUCGGCGCUUCGCGAGCGCGGAGCCCGGGGACAGAAUGACCGAGAACAUGAAGGAGUGCUUGGCCCACACCAAGGCGGCUGUAGGGGACAUGGUGACGGUGGUGAAGACAGAGGUCUGCUCACCACUCCGGGACCAGGAGUAUGGCCAGCCCUGCUCUAGGAGACCCGAACCCUCAUCCAUGGAAAUUGAGCCCAAGAAACUGAAGGGAAAACGUGACCUCAUCAUGACCAAAAGCUUCCAACAAGUGGACUUCUGGUUCUGCGAGUCCUGCCAGGAGUACUUUGUGGAUGAAUGCCCGAACCAUGGCCCCCCUGUGUUUGUGUCUGACACACCAGUGCCCGUGGGCAUCCCAGACCGGGCAGCCCUCACCAUCCCACAGGGUAUGGAGGUGGUGAAGGACUCCAGCGGGGAGAGUGACGUGCGCUGCAUAAAUGAGGUCAUCCCCAAGGGCCACAUCUUUGGCCCCUACGAGGGCCAGCUCUCCACCCAGGACCGAUCAGCUGGCUUCUCCUGGCUGAUUGUGGACAAGAACAAUCGCUACAAGUCCAUAGAUGGCUCCGAUGACACCAAGGCCAACUGGAUGAGGUACGUGGUCAUCUCUCGGGAGGAGAGGGAGCAGAACCUCCUGGCAUUCCAGCACAGCGAGCGCAUCUACUUCCGAGCAUGCAGGGACAUCAGACCUGGGGAGCGACUGCGGGUGUGGUACAGUGAGGACUACAUGAAGCGACUACACAGCAUGUCCCAGGAAACCAUCCACCGCAACCUGGCCAGAGGAGAGAAGAGGUCGCAGAGGGAGAGGUGUGAACAGACUCUGGAUAGCCCUGAAGACCUGAGAGGUCCCAUUCACAUCCCUGUGUUGAGACAGGGCAAAAGGCCCUACAAGCGUGGUUUUGACGAGGGGGACGUGCACCCCCAGGCCAAGAAGAAGAAAAUCGACCUCAUUUUCAAGGAUGUAUUGGAGGCAUCCCUGGAAUCUUCGAAGGUAGAAACCCACCAGCUGGCCCUGAGUACCUCUUUGGUCAUCAGGAAAGUCCCCAAGUACCAGGAUGAUGCCUACAGCCCAUGCACUGCGCCCAUGGUUCAUGGUGGGCAGAACGUCAGUCGGAUCCAGGGGGAGGGAGACUGGAAGAUUCCCCAAGGCGUGGCCAAGGAGCCAGGCCCAUUGGAGGAUGAAGAAGAAGAGCCUUCAUCUUUUAAAGCUGACAGUCCUGUGGAGGCCUCUCUUGCUUCAGACCCUUAUGAGCUACCCACCACCUCCUUUUGCCCCAACUGUAUCCGCCUGAAGAAGAAGGUCCGGGAACUGCAGGCAGAACUAGACAUGCUUAAGUCAGGGAAGCUGCCUGAUCCCCCUGUUCUGCCACCGCAGGUACUGGAGCUCCCCGAGUUCUCAGACCCUGCAGCCUCAGAGAGCAUGGUCUCCGGCCCCGCCAUCAUGGAAGAUGAUGACCAGGAAGUUGACUCAGCAGACGAGUCUGUCUCCAAUGACAUGAUGACCGCGGCCGAUGAGCCCUCCAAGAUGUCCUCCGCCACUGGGCGCCGGAUCCGACGCUUCAAGCAAGAGUGGCUGAAGAAGUUCUGGUUCCUGCGCUACUCCCCGACCCUCAAUGAGAUGUGGUGCCACGUCUGCCGCCAGUACACGGUGCAGUCCUCCCGCACGUCCGCCUUCAUCAUCGGCUCCAAGCAGUUCAAGAUCCACACCAUCAAGCUGCACAGCCAGAGCAACCUGCACAAGAAGUGCCUGCAGCUAUACAAGCUGCGCAUGCACCCCGAGAAGACGGAGGAAAUGUGUCGCAACAUGACCCUGCUCUUCAAUACAGCCUACCAUCUGGCCCUCGAGGGCAGACCCUACCUGGACUUCCGGCCUCUAGCGGAGCUGCUGCGGAAGUGUGAGCUCAAGGUGGUAGACCAGUACAUGAAUGAGGGGGACUGCCAGAUUCUCAUUCACCACAUCGCCAGGGCACUCCGCGAGGACCUGGUGGAGCGGAUCCGCCAGUCCCCAUGCCUCAGCAUCAUCCUGGAUGGGCAGAGUGAUGACCUGCUGGCCGACACUGUGGCCGUCUACGUGCAGUAUACCAGCAGUGAUGGGCCCCCAGCCACCGAGUUCCUGUCUUUGCAGGAGCUGGGUUUCUCAAGCACCGAAAGUUAUCUCCAGGCUCUUGACCGAGCCUUCGCUGCCCUGGGCAUCCGUUUGCAAGACGAGAAACCGACCGUUGGUCUGGGUGUGGACGGGGCCAACAUCACGGCCAGCCUGCGUGCCAGCAUGUUCAUGACCAUCCGCAAGACGCUGCCCUGGCUCCUGUGCCUGCCCUUCAUGGUGCACCGGCCUCACCUGGAGAUCCUGGAUGCCAUCAGUGGGAAGGAGUUGCCCUGCCUGGAGGAGCUGGAGAACAACUUGAAGCAGCUGCUGAGUUUCUACCGCUACUCGCCACGCCUCCUGUGCGAGCUGCGCUCCACGGCCUCUACCCUGUGCGAGGAGACCGAGUUCCUGGGGGAUAUUCGUGCAGUGAAGUGGAUCAUCGGGGAGCAGAAUGUGCUCAACGCCCUCAUCAAGGAUUACCUGGAGGUGGUGGCCCACCUGAAGGAUGUCAGCAGCCAGACGCAGCGGGCGGAUGCCUCUGCCAUUGCUCUGGCCUUGUUGCAGUUCCUCAUGGAUUACCAGUCCAUGAAGCUCAUCUACUUCCUCCUGGAUGUGAUCGCCGUGCUCUCGCGCCUGGCCUACAUCUUCCAAGGUGAGUACCUCCUCGUGUCCCAGGUGGAUGAUAAGAUCGAGGAGGCCAUUCAGGAGAUCAGCCGGCUCGCCGACUCCCCUGGGGAGUAUCUACAGGAGUUUGAAGAGAACUUCCGGGAGAGCUUCAACGGGAUCGCCAUGAAGAACCUCAGGGUGGCCGAGGCCAAGUUCCAGUCCAUCAGGGAGAAGAUCUGCCAAAAGACCCAAGUCAUCCUGGCCCAGAGGUUCGAUUCCCGCAGCCGUAUCUUUGUGAAGGCCUGCCAGGUCUUUGACCUGGCCGCAUGGCCCAGGAGUAGCGAGGAGCUCGUGAGCUUUGGCAAGGAAGACAUGGUGCAGAUAUUUAACCACCUGGAAGCCAUCCCCACCUUCUCCCGGGACGUGUGCAGGGAAGGGCUGGACCCCAGGGGCAGCCUGCUGAUGGAGUGGAGAGAGCUCAAGGCCGAUUACUAUACCAAAAACGGCUUCAAAGACCUCAUCAGCCACAUCUGCAAGUACAAGCAGAGGUUCCCGCUCCUGAACAAGAUCAUUCAGGUCCUUAAAGUCCUCCCCACUUCCACAGCCUGCUGCGAGAAAGGCCGCAACGCCCUCCAGAGGGUACGCAAGAACCACCGCUCCCGCCUGACGCUGGAGCAGCUCAGCGACCUGCUGACCAUUGCCGUGAAUGGACCGCCGAUCGCCAACUUCGACGCCAAGCGAGCCCUGGACAGCUGGUUCGAGGAAAAGUCUGGCAACAGCUACGCCCUGUCAGCCGAGGUCCUCAGUCGAAUGUCAGCACUUGAGCAGAAGCCAGUGCUGCAGAACGUGGACCAUGGGGCUGAAUUCUACCCGGACAUGUAAGAAGCGCCUGCUGCAGAGGUCACUAAGCUGUUGAAUAUUUUUUUUAAUCUAGACUCAUAGGCUUUGAUAUAUUAUAUAAGUAUAUAUUAAUUAUAUUAUAUUAUAUAUAUAUAUAAACUCACACUGAAAUUUAAAAACAAAACAAAGUUGUCCACCGGAAGCUUCUGGAAGCUUUCAGAAAGGAAUAAUGUUGGAAACUGACUCUUGUCUACAUUUGGCAGCUUCAAAAUGACCAGGCAACUCGUUUUUUCACUCACAGGAGCGCGUGUGGGAGUCACUCACGUUCCUGCCUAACCAUCCAUCAACCGCAUAAGCUAAAAUGAUGGCUCUCAGCCAUCACCUCUAGGUAGCUCAUGUUGUUUAUGUU